AUGUCGCGACGAUAUUUAAUGUGGUUUGCUCAUGAGCAUUUGGAUUUUCGGCAUGCCGAGAUGCAAAGCAUACUUUCCAUGCUAAAAAUACCUAUAAAGUUCGUCGAGAAACCAUCAGAACAUCAACCCUAUUGGAUAGUGGAUUUGCCCUCAGAAACAUGUGUAAAACAAAUAGCUGCUAGAUCGGUUUUACUUAAAAACUGCAUCGAACUAUGGUCUAGAGCUAAAUCUGAAGCGCAGUUACACAAAAACCUAAACAGUGCAGUGAAAAAUAUUUCCAAUAAAUGGAUAAUACCAAAUGUUGAUAAUGAAAUAAGUGAUACACAUAUCUGUCCUUGUCAAUUACUAGAAGUUUGCAGUGAUUCUAAAAAAUCAUUUAAAGUUGAUGUAGAAACUUUUUGUAAACAUUUCACUAUGAAGGAGAAAGUUGACAAAAUUGAGAAAUUCAGUUAUCUACCACUACACGGGCCCGUAAAAUUAAAUAAACCAGAUGUUACACUUUCCUACAUUGAGUUUUAUGGUGUAGAUCCUAAUAAUGUUCCUGAAGAACCGUGUGAUUUAUUUUUUGGGAAAUGGAUAGCUGAUGGCCAAAGGGAUCUAAUACAAGUCCAUUCACUUAAAAAACGACAAUUCAUUGGUAACACAAGCAUGGAUGCUCAGCUUUCAGUCAUAAUGGCUAAUCAGGCACAGAUUGCAUCUGGUGAUAUAGUUUUAGACCCCUUUGUUGGAUCAGGUUCCUUACUAGUGGCAGCUGCUCAUUUUGGAGGCUACAUUUGGGGAUCAGAUAUAGACUAUAUGAUGUUACAUGCUAGAACACGCCCUACUAGGGUGGGACAAAAGGUGCGAAAGAAGGAGGAAAGUAUAAGAGGCAAUUUAAAACAAUAUGGAAUAGAAUCAAAAUACCUAGAUGUUCUUGUGAGUGAUUUUUCACUACCAAUGUGGAAGGAAAGUUUGAAAUUUGAUGCUAUAAUAACAGAUCCUCCAUAUGGUGUGAGAGAACCUACAGAGAAGAUAGGCAUAGAAAGAGACAACUAUACUUUAUCAGAACACCAUUUAGACAACCAUAUACCGUCCAAAGUGGAGUAUGGAUUACCACAUAUAUACAGUGACUUGUUAAAUUUUGCUGCUAGACAUCUUAAUAUGGGGAGACGGUUGGUGUGUUGGUACCCUGUUGUAAGAGAUGAAUAUCUAGAGGAACAGAUUCCUACACAUCCAUGUAUGAAGCUGGUAAGCAACUCGGAGCAGGUGCUGUCCAAACUUACAGCGCGCAGAUUACUCACUUAUCAGAAAAUUAGUGACGACAUACCCGAAACGCCACACGAUACGCGCGCCACUGUACAUAAUUUCAGGGACAGAUACUUUGCUAUAGGAGAGAUAUCCAGGCGAGAAAAGAAGGAGAGGCGAGCAGAGGAACUCGCUAAUAGUGCUAUUUAUAUAAAAGCAAAGCAGGAUAGAAGUAAAUAA